CAUGAAUGGUGUGUCAUUUUACAUGAUGCAGAGGAAAUGGCCCCGAUAUCAUACAACCUAAUACGUGGCAUGGUGUCGUAUGCUAUUAUCUGGCCAGCGUCUAGCGUCACUGAGGAGUACUUGCUGCAUGGAACAACACCAGACAAUGCCGACUGGGCAAGAGCUGCAAGAUUCGGCUUCUUUGGCGCAUUCUUCAUGUCACCUCUAUUCUACAACUGGAUGAGGCUCAACGAUCGACUCUUCCCGAAGAAAGACCUGGUUACGGCACUGAAAAGGUCAGCAUUAGAAGCCUGCACCUACGCGCCUCUUGCUAUGUCCUAUUUCUUCUUUGGCAUGUGUAUGCUGGAAGGAAAGCCUUAUGAAGCUUGUGUCAUUGAAUUAAAAGAAAAGCUGUGGCCGACUUAUAAAUUAGGAUUAGUGUAUUGGCCUACAGUACAAACUAUCAAUUUCUAUUUUGUGUCACCAAAGAACAGGAUUAUCUUCGUGAGUAUAGCAAGUUUUGUCUGGACAGUCUACAUGUGUCACGUAAAAGCGAAGUUGACAAACAAGUCCGAUUCGUGAAAAGUCGAAAGAAAUAGAAAGAAGCAUGAUGUCAUAGA